GAAGCGCGCGAGCGGUCAUUUUCUGCAUAUUUUUCUUUGUCUGAUUUAGUUUGCAUAUAUUAAUUUAUUUGUGCUAAAAAUCGCCGUAAAAAACCAUGAAAAAAGGAUAUAAAGUGGCCGAUGUGAAAAGGGAGAAGAGAAUCGGCGUCGCCGCCGAAAAUCUGCAGGAAUUAAUUGAGAAAUCAUGCAAAAAGCUCGGUUUCAAUGCCAGAUGCGCGGCGCUUUACGUGGCCGAGGACGGGACGCAGGUCGCGGACGACGAUUACCUGGACACGCUGCCUCCGCAGACUCUCUUCAUAUUGUUGAAUGACAAGGAACAAAUGGUAACUGACUUUGACCACUACUACAGCCUAAUCCGCUCAUCCAAGAAGGAAUACAUCGACACAGGACUGGCCGCUAAGGAGUUCCUUACAACCAACAUCAAGGAGAAAUUCAAGGUGUUCCAGAAAUAUAUUGCAGCUGCUGAUGAUGCGCGCACCAUGCUGAGCGAGCGCGCGCAGGACCCUAAGUGGUUUGAAGGUCUGGAACCUUCAGAAAAGACAAAAGAGCAGUCAAUGUGCAAACGCGUCAAAGAUCGCAUGAGGGGCUAUUUCUACAAAACCAAGUCCGCCCUCCAGGCCUCUGACCUCUAUACUCAUUCCAAAAACAGCCGCGGCAAGAAACUAGUCGAUCAGUUCCUCGCAGACCUAAGAAAACUACUCGAAACCAAUAAAUAUAACGAGGGUUACUUUAACAGAAAAGCAGAGAAAAACCGCCUCUGCAACGAACGAGGUCUAUUCCAAUGUGGAGGCCUUUACAACAACACAUCAUGCGCUUACAAAGACGACCAUCUGAUUAACCCUUACAGAAGCCGAGAAGAACGCAUAAUAUUCCAAACAUGGAACCUAGACCACAAAAUAGAGCUCUCCCGCUCCAUAAUACCCCAAAUCGUUAAAGCUAUAGAAGUGGUCCACUCCGGGCAAGUCACUUGUGUUCUAUGUGAACAUAGCAGCGAUGGAACAGUGGAAGCGGACAGGUACUAUUUGCAGAUAUUCACUCGGGACAACCUGAAGUUGGUGCAUAUCGUGUGCCACUAUAAAGGUAAGCAUAAUGCGGAGUCUGGGGUGUAUACCCUUUGCAAAAAGUGCAGUGCGCAUAGCAUUGAAAACAAGUAAAUUGUAAUAAGGUCACGUUUACAUUGGUCUACAAGCAUUUUACUGAGUGUGAAUAGAACAUACUACUCAAUAAAAUAUAGUUCACAUUUAGUCUAGGAUGAAACAGUGAUGAUAAGUCUUAAAUUACAAUUGCAAGCGUAUUGAAAACGUAUUUGUGGGGAUAUUUCCGUAACUACCGAGUGACCCGUUUUCAUCGCUCUCAUUGUUUUCAUUGAUUGUGUUUUAAUAGCGGAAAAGUAACAUUUUUCAGUUGCAAAGUUGGAUCAGUAUAGACGUGGCAUUGUGUAAUUGUGGCACUUCAGUUUCUGUGCUCUAGGGGUGGAAUAGGUAUAGAUUUAUCUGAGUAAAAAAAUAAUUUAUAUGGCGUACAGUAGACUUCUAUUUUACGCCUUAUAGAUUAAACAUUUCGGGAUCCAAAAAACCUUUGACGUUUUAAAUUCCAGAUCGAAUUUAAGAAAGCUGUUGGCUUUUAAUUCAACCCCUAGGGCUCACUUAAUAAACUUAUGUGCCACACAAUAUUAUGAGUGUUUUUUAAGACCCGCUCAUAGUGGUCUCACUGAGGAGAAAAAUAGGUCAACUUUGAAACCGCUCACAUUGCAUUUCUUAAAACAUGUAUGAAAACAUGUAUGUAAAAAUAAUAUAUUUAGCAGUUGUUAUUAUAUCUGUUUCCGUAUAUAACAGAGAUAUUUUAAAUGAAGUUAAAUAUCAAGAAUACAUACCUAUUUUUGCUAUAUUCAUGAACUCAUGCUAACCUGUGAUAGGAUCGCAAUUUAUUUAAGGUUUUUAUAGCGGUUUGACCGCGUCUGUCUGUAGCCAAAGGUUGCUUUAACUGUCUAAUAAUAAAUUGUGUAGCGUUGUAUAAUUAUAUUAUAAAGUUAUCGUGACGAAUUUAAAUGAAAUUUUAAAAGUAGUUGGCCCUGUGUGGUAAAUCAAUAUUAUUAAUUUUAUUAGUAUUCAUUGUUAAAUCAUUAGAACCGUUAAAUCAAAUUAGAUUCUACUGCGGUUUUUCCAGAUUUCACUAUAAUUUUUUACCACAUUUAACAACUGGGGAAAAAAUCACAUAUUACAAGUGGGAACAACAGAGAAAAUAUUCCCAGUAUUACCACCCAAAUUAUUUUAAUGAAUAUCACUAAAAUUACUAUAAAUACCAUAAGCGCUUAUUACAUCGACAAUUCGACACGCUCGCCAGGCAAUUUUUGUAAGGAGGCCGUGUUAGAUGUAAUAUGCGAAAAUAGGGAGUGGUAACUACUGAUUUUUUUUCUCAGUUGUUACUAGUGGUAACAGCCGGUAAUAAUCCAGUCUACUUAUUUAGACAGUUAGGUCGAUAUUAGAAUUGACUAUUUUUAGUGAUUUUAAAAAUGAAAGGACUUAAAUUGCUUUUUUAUGAUCUUCUUAUAAAUGUCCUGUGCAGAUUCAUGAAGAUUUCUGCUACAUUUGUAGAUAACGUUAACGGUUCAACGUGGUAUAAUUUAAAUUGAUCCCUCUCCUUAGAAGGGCCAAACCAGGGUUGAUUACUAUUUCGUCAAGUUUUUAGGUGUAAUGUUGUUAUUGCAUUUACUAGUGAGAAAAUUUUAUAUUCCUUCUUUGAUCUCCUUUCCUUCGAAUAGAUAUAGAACUUAAGUACAGUCUUAAAGCAUAGAAAGAAGUCUAUGCUUUAAGAUUUAAGACUAUACUUAAGUUAUUUUUUAUUAAUAUUUAAUGGUAUAUUCGCGGAGAAAAGUAAAUAAUGAAGACUUUCAAUUAUACAAAACGUUGCUGUAUAAAAUAUAAGAAACUAGGACUUCGCUAAAGAUGCCAUCUAUCUAAUUAAUUGACAGUCUUCAUAUCUGGUCUCUGGCAUUCGUAUUGUAGCGGUUGUGUAUUUAUACGGUUGUUCUGGUAAACUCAUUUCUGAUGAUUCUUAUACUUAUACACAUUUAAUUGUAUAAUCAUGUGACCUCAUUGUUAUAUACAGGGUUCUAGAUAGCCGUUAACAGAUCACAAAAUGAUGAGGGUUGUGGGUUACCUACGAAAUGUGUAACACUAGGGGAAAUUUAAGAGUUAUUUCCAGAUUUAACCACCAAAUUGUUACCACUGGUGGAGUUUUCCCCCCAUCUGUUAUCAUUGAGAACAACUGAGAAAAAUAAUUUCCAGUAGUUUCCUGAAUCACCUAUGUAUGUAGAAGCAAACAUUCAACUUAACCCCAAUUUUUAUUUUAUGUUCUUAAUUUUAUUUUAGUCUUUUUCACACAGUUUGAAGGUAAUAAACCCGUGCUAUGUGAAAAAUACUAUACCUCUAGUACUGUACUGUAUAUCGCAUUUUUAUUAGUAUUUGUCAUUAAAAAGAUUUUGUUGAUAACUGGUGGUAAUAAUGGUGGUGGUGGUGAUAAUUUAGGUACAAAAAAGAAUUCGCAAGUCAACAUGAUAAAGCGACAGGAAUAUGUUCAGUAGGUAACCCAAGAAUGUCAAGAAAGUAAGGAAUGUUUGCGAUAGAUAGAAAAUAAAAAUGUUACGGAGUUUGUUGGAAGGAAUCUGUCCAUAUUUUGUUUUGUUUAACCAAAACAUGGUAUAACAAAUAAAUAGCAAGUAAUAUUUCUAUAUUUUUUAAGGUUAUUGCGAACUGGUUUAGUUGGAAGGAUGGUUUGUUAAUAUAAACAAAGGAUUAAUACUGAACUGGAUCUGCCAAAAUGUUUUUUAUAAAAUAUUAUGACCCGUUUGUUGCAUUCCCAUACAAAUGUAUAACUUUGUUAUGUAUAAUGUAUAUCAAAUAUCAAUAAGGUUGGACAGCAAAGAGAGACGAUAACAACAUACUUGAACGCUCGAGAUUUUAGCUAUGGGUAGGUAGAGAAAUAAGACAAGUAAGUUUAGAGUGCUUACUCCAUACAUACAUAAAAAUCCAUUUAUAAUAAAUUUUAAGUGAGCUUGUGCGGAAACUUAUUUGUAAUAAUAUUUAAGUUUAAUAAGUAUUCCGUUUUACGCAAGUUUUAAACUUAUUAAUACGUUUUACCAUAGGUACCUCUCAUACAACUUAUUAUUAUUAAUUAAGGAAACUGAUGUAUGGAGUGAGCAAUCUAAGCUUACUUGUUUCGCUAUGUUACGGACCAGAUCAUCAGGCUAUCACAUCAUUUUAUCGGGUUAUUCCCAGUAUUUACCAGUGGUAAAAGGUGGGAAAAAAAUCCCAGUGGGAAUAACCCAUUUUAUCCGAUUCCGAUACUCCAGUAGCGCUAAACAAUAUCAGUAUCUUGUAAGGCACACUUAAGCGUCACUGUUCCAUUAAUUUCACAGGUUUUCUGGCAGGCUGUUAAAUGUUAGUAGUAUCUAUAUUUUUUAUAGUUUAUACCCAUUUGUUCCUACUAUAAGAAUAAAUCGGAAAAAAAUAAUUUCGUUACCACUGCCGAAAACCGAUGUUGUCUACAGUGGUAACAAGUAGGAACACUUCUCAAAUAGAACAGUGGGAAAGAUGGAAACAAAGUUACAACCUGUGCCAUACAGAGAAAAGAACAAAAAAAUAUAUGUUUUUAUUAUUUAUAACAGUAAUUAAAGCAAUCUUCUCUUUCUGACAAGGCGAGUGAGAGAAGGACGAAUACUUUUCAAGCACUUACAGGAACAUGCUGUAUGACAAAAUACGAGUCCCUCCAUAUUAGUGGAUCAAUUAAAUAUUAAUAGGUAUUUACUUAUGAUACAUGCUGAGCUUUAUGCAAGAAAGUUUUUUUUUAAUCCUGUCCUUUUUUUGACAUUGUAACUUCGAAAACUGGGUUAUUCCCACUGGUUACCACCAAGUUAUACUGACCGUGGUAACAACUGAGAAGAAAAUUCCCAGCUGUUACCACCAACGGCAACAACUCAUUUUCUUUUUUUAUAACACUCCAUGAUUAUUUAUAUGUGUUGAACACUAACAAAAUAUUGGUGGUAACUAAGUACUGAGACAAAAAAUCAGUUAUCACCAGUGGUAAUAAUUAAGAACAAACGAUAAAAAAAUCCUACUACUUAUAUCGUUCAUAACACAAUUUUAAAAGGACGCGGUAAAAAAAAGUUUUUGACAAUAAGUUAUUGUCAAUAACUGUUCUUUUUCAUAAAUACCA